AUGCUCUGGCCCCUGCUCGCCUCGGCGGCCUCGCUCCAGAAGAUCACCGAGAACUUUGGCUCCAACCCCCGCAAUGUGGGCUUCUACAUCUACAAGCCCGACCGGGUCCAGGCCAAGCCCCCGAUCCUCGUCGCCAUGCACUACUGCACCGGCACCGCACAGGCAUUCUUCUCGGGCACCCAGUACAAGUCCCUCGCCGACCAGUACGGCUUCAUAGUCAUCUACCCGGACAGCCCCAACAGCGGGCGGUGCUGGGACGUCUCGUCGACGCAGACCCUGACGCACAACGGCGGCGGCGACUCGCUGGGCAUCGUGUCCAUGGUCAAGUGGACGAUCCAGCGCUACGGGGCCGACGCGGCCCGCGUGUUCGCGACGGGCAACAGCUCGGGCGCCAUGAUGACCAACGUCCUCAUCGGCGCGUACCCGGACGUCUUUGCCGCGGGCGCCGCCGCCGCCGGCGUCCCCUACGGCUGCUUCGCCGCGGGCUCCAACAACUACGCCGCGUGGGUGUCGCAGUGCUCCCAGGGCAACCUGCGCCACACGCAGGCCGAGUGGGCGCAGAUUGUGCGCAACGGCUUCCCCGGCUACAGCGGCUGGCGGCCCAAGAUGAGCAUCUACCACGGCACCAACGACGAGACGCUCAACUAUGCAAACUUUGGCGAGGCCAUCAAGGAGUGGACCGGCGUGUUUGGCGUGUCCGCCACCCCGACCCAGACCAUCGCCAACAACCCCGGCAACGGCUGGACAAAGACCGUUUACGGCUCAAAGUUCGAGGCCUACAGCCUCGCCGGCGGCACCCACGGCAUCCCGACACAGGAAGGCAAUAUCAUAGCCUUCUUCGAUUUGAAAUGCACCAGCAACUGUUUCUCAUAUGGCAAGUAA